UAUAAAUAAAAACAAAUAUAUAAGAAUGGAUUUAAAUGAAAAAGUUGAACAAUUGGUGCAAAUAACAACGGCUCUAAAAAAUGAAGUAAACGAAUUGAAAGGCAAUGAUUUAAACACAAAACUUGAUGAAUUGCAAUGGGAAAAGGAGGCAUUGAAAAAUGAUAUUAUUGAUUUGAGGCAUUCCUUAAUGCAACAGAAUGCAAAAAUUCUGUCUUUGGUAAGGAACCAAAAUGAUAAAUUGGUCGAAAGCAUAGAAUCGGAUAAGUUGGUACCCCAUAUUAUGUUCAGUAAGAAAAUUUCAGAGCAUGUAAAAAAGUUUCCUAUUAAAUCUAUAAAAGAUUUAGAUGCAUUAGAAAAAUCUAUUAAUGACAGCAAUCUUAAUGAACUGGUGGCCGCUGUUCAACAGUUGCUAACACCUCAUGGUAUUGUAAAAAAUAUGAUUGCUGUUAUGUCCACCGAGUGCAUUGUCAGUUGCAAUGUCGAUGGUCAUCACUAUAAGCGGCGUUUGUUAAAUUAUACCAAAUUCAUGGAUUUACUUUUCCGAGCUGCAUAUUAUGAUGGCUAUAGCCAAAAAACAUUUUUAGAUGAGGUUCGUCGGGGCUUGAAAAUGGUAAAAAAUCGCCAUAACAAAAACGUAUUCCGCAAUAAGCAGGUGCAGCGCCAGGAGGUAGAACAAGCCGAAUAUGAAGAAGAACAAGAAGAAGAAGAGGUGACUCAAUUUGAGGAAAUUGAUGAACAGGAAUUUAUAAAAGAGGAAAUAUUAUGUGAUUGAAAAUCUUUUUUGUAUAAAUUUAUUAGUAUUUUUGUUUUAAGUUUCAUAAUUUUUAAUAAAGAACACUAGAUUUUUUUUAUCGAA